AUGUUGUUGAGAAGCCACCACCAGCUAAGAAGAAAAAAAGGCAAAGGCAAACAGAGGAAAGCAAUUGAAUCAGACUCAUCAGAAUCAGAAGAAGAUGUUGUCGAAACACCAUCAACAGCAAAGAAGAACAACAACAAAGGCAAGGGCAAGAAGAGGAAAGAGAAAGAAGGUGGUUAUAAGAAAGAUGGUAGUCUCCGGAUUUGUAAGGUUUCUGACAAAGUGGUUAGAGAAGCUACGAAUGAGAUGCUAGUGUUAGCCGAGUUGCCUUUAGCUUUUGUGGAGGGCUUGGGAUGGAAACAUUUUUCAGGAAGAGGCUAUGAAGAAUAUUCUUGGGAGUAUACGCACAGACUUUCUUUGACUACUGAUAUUUGGGUUGCGCCUCAUACAAGAGCUAGCUAUAUGAAGAUAACGGCUCAUUUCAUUGAUGCUUGGUGGCAACUGAGGAAGCUGAUAAUCGGAUUCAAGAACGUUUAUGAUCAUAGAGGUGCAACUAUUUGUAGGGUUCUUAUGGACUGUAUGGCCGAGUGGGAUAUCAAGAGAGUAUUCUGCAUAACUGUUGAUAACGCCAUAGCUAACAGCAUAACCAUGAAGCUAUUCAAGGAAGAGAUUGUACAAAUAGCCAAAUAG